CAGUUGCUUAUAAACACACACACUCUCUCUCUCUCUCUCUCUCUCUCUCUCUCUCUCUCUGCAGCUACAACCGAAAAGGAAAAACAAAAUGGAUCUCAAGACCUUAGCCCGGCACCACCACAUUCCGUUCAAAACUCCAAGGUUCCAACCACAUUGCAAACGUUCAACAUUCUUCAUCAAAUCCUUAAGCACUCCCCAAACUCGAAUCCAUGCGCGACGCGACACUCGAUUGAUAACUGCUUGCAGUAGUCGUAGCCGAGCAGUAAUAAGCGAAGAAGAGCCAGACAUUGUGAGCGAAAACGCAGAAAAGAUCGAGUCUUUUUCGAGGGAAACUGAGGGGGGUAUGUCGAGGAGAGAAGAGUUUGCGGCGGAUCAGAGCAUUUGGAAUCAGAUAGGGGAGAUUGUGAAGUUUUCGGGGCCGGCUACUGGGUUGUGGAUUUGUGGGCCUUUGAUGAGUCUCAUUGAUACUGCUGUGAUUGGUCAGGGGAGUUCUCUUGAGCUUGCUGCUUUAGGUCCAGGGACAGUGCUAUGCGAUAACAUGAGUUACGUAUUUAUGUUCCUUUCAAUUGCCACAUCAAACAUGGUCGCUACUUCACUAGCCAGGCGGGAUAAAAAGGAAGUGCAACAUCAGAUAUCGAUUUUGCUCUUUGUUGGGUUGGCUUGUGGUGUAUUCAUGUUUCUCUUCAUGAGGUUCCUUGGUGCAUGGGCACUAACUGGUUUUGCUGGUGCGAAGAAUGCUCAUAUUGUACCUGCAGCAAAUAAAUAUGUUCAGAUUCGAGCCUUUGCAUGGCCUGCAGUCCUUGUUGGAUGGGUUGCUCAGAGUGCAAGUCUUGGCAUGAAAGAUUCAUGGGGACCUUUGAAGGCUUUAGUAGUUGCCAGUACCGUAAAUAUAAUUGGCCACAUCAUCCUAUGCAGUUACUUAGGCUAUGGUAUUGCUGGUGCAGCUUGGGCAACCAUGGGUUCACAGGUUAUUUCAGCUUAUAUGAUGAUUGAAGCUCUGAACAACAAAGGAUACAACGCGUUUUCUAUCUAUGCUCCAUCACCCAGUGAACUUAAGCAGAUAAUAAUACUAGCUGCUCCAGUUUUUCUAACAAUCAGUUCGAAGGUGGCGUUUUACUCUCUCAUUAUUUACUUUGCUACCUCGAUGGGGACAGUCACUGUUGCUGCUCAUCAGGUCCUGAUUCAACUAUACAGCAUGUGUGUGGUAUGGGGUGAGCCUCUCUCUCAAACUGCUCAAUCUUUCAUGCCCGAGUUGAUGUAUGGAGUUAAUCGAAGUUUAGCAAAGGCUCGAAUGCUGCUAAAGUCGCUGGUUAUCAUCGGAGCUUUAUUAGGACUGGUAUUGGGAACCAUUGGAACAUCUAUUCCUUUGUUGUUCCCUGGGAUUUUUACCUCUGAUCCAAAAGUCAUACAGGAGAUGCAGAAAGUGUUGAUACCGUUCUUUAUUGCAUUAUGUGUGACACCCAGUACUCACAGCUUUGAAGGAACAUUGCUGGCUGGAAGAGAUCUUAAAUUUAUCAGUUUAACAAUGACUGGAUGUUUCUGUUUGGGCUCUCUUCUCCUGUUGCUUGUCAGCAGCAGAGGUUAUGGUCUACAAGGUUGCUGGUGUGCUCUUGUGGGAUUCCAAUGGGCUCGAUUUUCCCUCGCUCUCCGCCGCCUCCUUUCGCCCGAUGGCGUACUCUACUCUGAAGAUCUAACAAGAUUCACCAGUUUGGGAAAACUGAAAGCCACUUAGUUUCCAGAUUCCAAUGUCAAAAUAUGUUUUGGAAAAUGGCUACAAACUUCCCAGGUACAGCCCAAGCAUGGAAAGCAAACUGGCACACAAGAGGUUAUUCAAGCUGUCGUUAUUCCUCAGAAACUGAUCAAAUCAAGCUGCUGCUAUAUCAGUUGGAUUGGGUGCUGUAAUUUAUUUUUGAUUUCGUUCCUCGUCCCCCGGUUUGAACACCUGCAUUACCCUAAAAUAAAAUAAAAUUUUAAUAAUAAA